AUUGAUGAGACAUCGAAAGAUGAACGCACACAAAUUCAGAGGUAUGGACGAGCAAAGAGGAGCCGAUAUGCAAGCAUGAAGGGUGCAUUUGUUCGUGGACGACACUUCACAGUUGUUGCUGCUUUGACUAUAGAUGGAAUCAUUGCAGGACAUGUUCUUGAAGGAUCUUUGCAUCGCAAUGGGUACCUUCACUUCCUCGAACAUUCUGUUGUGAGUCAGGACUCAUCACACUUGACUUUUUUCGUCAAUUCAUGUUCAUUGAUAGCUGCCCAACUGUGA